AUGGAGCCUCGUGACGACGGUAUCAAUGACGACGUCAAAUUAGACACAUUGAACAGAGAUAUCCCUGAUGAACCGAACGCACCUUCAAUUUCAGAAUAUAUUCCUUUUCCUGAAGUUACAUUCAGUUCUGAAUUCCUCAUCCAAUAUACUGAAUGGUCCGCUUUAAGCCAAUUGUGGUUCUAUUCGUGCUACUCGUGA